CCGUGGGGAGCGCGCGUCAACUAGCCUCUUACUAGCCCGGCUCAGAAUAGGAUUUAGAAACCUGUAAAGGAGGUGGCAUCCUGUGCGAAAAGGAACUAUAACUAGCUAGAAGGAUCUUACUGGAAAAGGAAUUGGCUUCUUUGCUGAAUAUGCGAUUUGUUUAAACUCAUGAUCAUUGGCUAUACUUGUUUGGCCUUUCGGUGUUAUGCAGUUCCUUGUGGUGUAAUUAUGUCACCCUCCACUGUGUUGAUUUAAACAGAAAAUACAUGUACAUAAAGUUUAAUUAAUGCAGCCAUAAUGAAAAUGCAACAUCGGAUAUAAGCUGCCAUUACCUCGCAUUUCGGAAUUAGUCUUCCACACACCAAGUUCAACGUUACUACCGAAGUCUAAAACUCUCUCCGCUUGGGAGCUUCACGUGGCACGACGAAAUGCAUCUCGCACGCGUCUGUUUAGUGCUGCUGCUCGUGUCAAACUCAGUUACUGAUGCAACGGACUGGGCGGAGGGCGUGGUCGUGGGCGUGGCGAAAGGCGUGAGACAGAAUGAAGGAGACGCCCCUUGGCCUUCCAUCAAGACGAAACAAGAGGGGAAGCGCUAUAAAAAAAGGUGGGCGUCCUUCAGUGACAAACGUCAGGGGUACGACAGGAGGCCAAGGCCUUGCUGUGGAAGCGAGGUCUCUCACAAGGCGACGGAGCCUCUGGGUCAGUUCUCUCGGGUUAUCUCCGGACCGUCUGUGAAGAUUGAGGACGUCCCAAGCAAGGCCAGCGCCCCUCCUUCCGCCGUGACUGACCUGAGCGUGACCUCGCUGGCGCUGCUGGCCGACGGGCGGUAUGCGCUCGGCCUCGCGUGGACGGCGCCGGGGGGGUUCCUCGCAGGGGCAGCUUCCCACUACAUCUUCCGGUUAAGCGACGACCAAAGAGACCUCACGCAAUCGGGCUUUGACGAGGCCGCUGCGUGCACCCUCCUGCACGCCAAGUGGGAGGACCUCGAGCCUGUCCUCCGCCGGACUGGCACCCCGGUGGCCCUCAACGUCACCUUCAGCGGGGAACUGAACUGCGACCGAGAUUACUUCGUGGCCCUGAAAGCGAUAGACGACGGAGGAACUGCCGGUCGUGUGUCGAACCUCGCCUACUUCAACUCGGCGGGAAUGCGGUUCCCGGCGCCCUUCGACAGGACCAUAAGCGACCUGAAGAAACUAAUAGAGGAAAUGUCGAAUCGCAACGGAAGUCAGAAAACUAACAAGAAAAUGAAAAAUUCUAAGCGACACAACAAAAUUAAAUUACACAAAAUCCAAAAAAAUAUCAAGGAAACAAUUCAAAAAUUUCGAAAUCAGAAACAACGUAAGCAAACUAACAAGAAAAAUAAAACUCGUAAGCGACGGAAAAAAAUGAACAGAAAAUUACAGAAAGCUCGAAAAAAACAAAAACAAAUAAAAACAUUUCAGAAUCAUAACCGCAAUAGGAACUAACAGGAGGUUUUUGAAAUCACAGCUGACUUCAAGAAACUAAUAAAAGAAUUUUCAGAAAUUUACGUCUAUGCCAUGUGCGGCUAAUGGUUCUCUUUCACGCAGUAAUACACGAGGUUAUGUAAAUACGGCUGUUAUAAAUUUGCCAGUAAGGGAUUGAGCUAAUGAGCAGAUAUAAUAUCCAGUAAAAAUCAUAUGCAUAAAUAUGUGUGAAAGAUGGAAUAAUGCAAUACCGCAUUGAUAUAGAUGUAUAACAAUCCUCCCUGACCUAGCCUCGAACCUAGGUCACUCCGGGUAUGAGACCGGAGGGCCAGUA